AGGCGACCAGGUGAAUAUCCGGACCCAUACCCAAGAAGCCUUCGCACCUAUGUGGAAAGGCCCCGGCGAAAUCGUGGCGGUCAAUGGUGACAGCACCUACGACGUGCUAAUCGACGGAAAACCAUUUAACCGACACCUCCAUGAUCUGAGGCCAGCCCCAUCGGGCAAUAAUGUCGACCUAGAGCAGGAGGACUUUGAUUUUGCUUCAGAUUCCGAGAGUGAUCUACAGGACGAAUUUCCGGACGAUUUGGCGCGCAUCGCGUCGUCAGGUGCCAGCCCACCGUCGCCAGAGGCUGACCCUACGCUGGACGAGCUCCCCAUAACCACGCCCGAGCCACGGGCGGCAAGCCCCGAUCCCCCACAAACGACGCCUACAGAGGCUGGAGCCGCCAAGUGGACCGGACUGAAGGCAGACGAACUGGAGGAGAACAUCACCCAGGGCAUGAUGCGGAUUGACGCGAUCCCCAAUCCCGAGGGAAACGCUGAAAUCCGUCAGGCAAAAAAGGCGGCCAUUGCCUACAUGGGUAAAAUGGAAGCAAAUUUUACCCGUGCCUCCGCCUCUUUUGAAGCGCGUUCACCAUCCGCCGACUAAGAAGUACCCUCUCAACAUCAUCCCAGUCACAUUUGGACCGCGGACCUCCACCAACUCGGCACUACACCGUCCACGACUACGCCCCGUCGGUGAGAUGACUUCUCGCUCCCAAUCAAGACAAACAGGUCGAAGUCCGAGACCUAUUUCUCCAGACUGGGACCUCGCCUAUGUGGGGGGGUGACGUGCCGAGGGGAAAAAUCGCAGAUUUUUUAUUUA